CAAAAAUUAUUCAAAUAAUAAAAAUAACUCAUACAUGGAUUAUUCUUAGCUUAAGUAAAAAGAUAUAAUGUCUUCAAAUAUUACGCGUAGUAAAAAGAAAAGAAUAAAGGCUGUUUCUCAAAAAGUCAAAAUAUUUAGAGCAAAUGAACCAAUUAUUAGCGUUUUCAUGUGGGGAAUUAAUCAUACAGUCUUAGAACUCACCCAUAUUUCGGUUCCUGUCAUGCUCAUGCCUGACGAUUUCAAAUCUUCCACCAAGAUUAGGGUUGACAACCAUUUAUUUAACAAAGAAAAUUUGCCCAGCCAUUACAAAAUUAAGGAAUAUUGCCCAAUCGUUUUUCGUAAACUCAGGGAAAUUUUCGGGAUCAAGGAACAAUCCUAUCUAGAAUCCUUCACAAAAUUCCAACCGAAAGUGAUGGACAACUCGGGCAAGAGCGGUGCCAAAUUCUAUUCCUCUUUCGACAGACGGCUCGUUAUAAAAACGCUUUUCUCCGAAGAGGUUAUGCAGAUGCAUCAAAUACUCAAAUCAUAUCAUCAGCACGUGGUUGAAAGGAACGGAAAGACAUUGCUAACUCAAUACCUGGGCAUGUACAGGAUAACGGUCGAAGGAAGCGAAACCUACUUUGUAGUAAUGAGGAAUAUGUUUGGCCACAAGAUUAAAAUCCACAAGAAAUACGAUUUAAAGGGUUCUACGGUUCAAAGGUCAGCCAGCAUUAAGGAAAAGAAUAAAGAUAUACCAACUUUCAAAGAUAAUGAUUUUGUUAAUGACGGCAUCAAAAUACACAUAGGUGAGGAAGGCAAACUCAAAGUCAUGGAAACCUUAAAAUACGAUUGCGAGUUUAUGGUUCAAAAUAACUUAAUGGAUUAUUCCCUCAUAUGUGGCAUACACGAUAUGACGUUCGACUCGUUUGUACCUUGCACCUCGGCCACCCAGACCCCGUCUAAUGCCAACACUACGAACGAGCAGUCUUUUAACACCCCUAACCCUCCUAAUAUGAACAUAGGACGCGAAACCGACCCAGAUAGUGAAAAUGGCGAGAUUUUUUUAUCCACCGACGAAGCCGGUUCUGGGCCAGAUACCGGGCCCGAUAGUAAUGUCUACUAUUGCUAUUCGAAUGCAGGGGCACGGAGGGAUGAUGGGGGAGGAGAAAGUAACGAGGUUGAAGGAGCAGAUAUACCUCUGGGAGACAAGAUUAGAGCUCUGAUAGAUCCCGCUAUUGACGUGUAUGCCAUCCCGAGCGGUUCCGGGUCUCCCAAACAGAAAAUAUACUUUCUGGCCAUAAUAGACUUGCUCACCCAUUACGGGGUCAAGAAAAAGACGGCUCACGCGGCUAAGACCGUUAAGCACGGAGCCGAGGCCGAUAUAUCCACGGUCAAUCCGGAACAAUAUGCUAAACGAUUUUUGGAAUUCGUAGAAAAGUGUUUGGAUUGAUAGGUUAACCCCAAGAAUACUCAUAACAUCGUUCAGAAUCCAGGAAAAUUAGUUACUAGCGAUUAUCAUCAUCUUUUUUUAUAUAUAGGAAAACAAAAUAUCCUUUAUACACCUGACGCUAAAACAUUAUUUACGAUAUUAUAUUGUAGUAUUAUUUUUUUUUAAUAUAUAUAUUAUAUCAAACCACGACUAGCGAUUUUAAACGGCCUCUAUUCUUUCCCGAUAUAAAAGCCAAAAAAAAUAUUACACUACCCUGGGUGAUUUUGCGCACAUAUGGCAGAAAUACCUGGACCCCUAUUGAAAUCUCUAGACUUGCGUAAUAUUAUUUUGGCUAAAAUUUUAAUUUAGCAUCGGUUUAAAUCGAGCCCUUUAACAACUCUAAUCACCCCUCACCCUCCCACCAAAAUAUACUAAUUUAUUUUACCUCUUUCUCACUUUACUUAAUUAUAAAAUUUUUAAUGUGUAAAAACUCCUGUUUCUCCUAAAAUAUUAAUUUUAUAAUAUUUUUUUAUAUUAUAAUCCAACCUCUUUAAACCCCGUGAAAAUAUUUAUUUUUAAAAAAUAAAAAUAUAUUGAUAUAAUCAGAAAUCUUAGCAUAUUAACAAUUCAUAAACAUAUAUAUUUUUUUUAAAUUCACAUCACAAGUUGCUAAUUUGAUAUCAAUAACUUUUUCCCCAAAAGUUUCCUAUUUGUAUAAUAUAUAUAUUGGCUAAAACUUAUUUAAUUUUUUUUAAAUUGAAUUAUUUUCCAGUCAUUUAUUCGUUUUUUCUUUGUAUAUAUUUUCGCAAUAUUUUAUAAGCUUUUAUUUAACUAUCUAUGACUUGUUUAUUCAAAUUUGAAUUUCCAUUUUUUUUAAAUCACAGACAGUAUCAUUCACAAACUAUUACUCAUACAUUUAAUUUUAUUUUGUAAAAAUUAUUUGUUCAUCUUCAAUUCUAUUCCUCAGUGGGACUAAUAUUUGGUAUAUCAUCAUAAACCAGGAAUCAAUUUUUUUAGAAAUAUUUUUAUUUAGUACCUUCCUCAAAUUUAGGAAAUUUAUUAAGUCAAAUUGAAUCGUUAUAAUAUUGGGACAAUAAUUGAUAUUAAUCGCAUAAAUAUUAAGCCGGGAAUUUUUUUGUAGUAUAUAGAAUCUUAUUAUAAAUAUUGU